AGACAGUCUUCCAUCAGGACCUGCAAUGAUGCAUUUCAGAAGCAGUACACUGAAGACUGUGGAGAGCCACCUUAAAAAGGCAUGGCAACAGUGCCUCGAUGAAGAUGUGACAAUUCCGCUCAGAAAAGUCUACCUGUACGACAAAACUGUUGACAGGAACCUGAUCAGGAUCAACCUCACAGACUUCCUAUCUCCAGUUAGUGCAGAAGACACAGAAGAAGAAGUCCCAUUUGCCGCCAACACUGACCUGACAGCCCUGGAAGAGGAUGAGGAACCAGCUGUGCAAGUACAGGAGAGGGAUGACCCCCAUGAUCUGCCAGCACUCGAACAUCACACGGACACAGAUAGUGAACAAACACAAGUGAUGGAGUCUGGCCUGCAAGCUGCUCUGGAGAAGGAGAACCAAAGCCCUCUGUCCAUGCCACCUCCAUGUGAAAAUGCUCUUGACUCAAGUAAAACUCCCAGAGAAAAGGAAUGAAGGGUCACAUGGAGCCCCCUCAGCUGUUUCGGUCAACACAGCCAUCUACAUUGACAAGGGAUGGAGCAGGCAGUCAUCCUCCUCACGGCUCAACAGCUGAUCCAAGCAAUGGAGGGAAGCAGUCGUCAUGGUCUCGAAACCUACGCUGUCUGCUUGGAGACAUCCCUGAGCUGGAGACUUUUGACUGUCUGAGGAGGAAGAUGAAAGAGAAACAUGUAAACAAAGAUACAAAGGCAUUGUACCACAAGACAAUUGCAAUACUCCAGUCUAAAGUCAGCAAACACCAUUCUACUUUAACCCUCAACAGAACACCU